AUCGCUUGCUUUAGUUGGACUCUUGACUUCUUAACUUUAAUGUUUUUCUGGCUGUAGUAAUUGUGUGUUUCUGAAGCACAUUUGUUAUAGCAAAAGCUUAUUUGAGAAGAAAACCCGAGUGUGUAGGUUGUCUCGGUACUUUUACAAUAAAUGCACAUACAUUUUUUAAGUAAAAAUAAAAUAAAACUGCAGAAUUUACAAUGUUGAUAACCGUUAAAACACGUAAUCACAGUCAGUGAAAUGGGUCCCCUGGCGAUAGGUGGCGGUAAUGCACUUAUGUGUCUGCGAUCCGCCGUAAAACAAGAGUAAAGACGUCACCGCUACUGCCAUCACAGCGAGGCUGAAUCCGAAAUUGCCCCCUAUAACCUCAAAUAGGGCAUUAUUUGAGGGGACAGCCAUUUGUAGUGGUGUCCGAAACCAUAGUGAACGUUAUUGAGUGCACUCAUUCAAUCCCACAUUGCACCGCAAUAACGAGUGUACACCAUGAUGUUCAGACAACGGCUGUCCGAGUUCACUCACUCGUUUUCAUUCACUCUUUCAAGUGAACAAUAUAAGUGGAUAACGAAUAGUGAAUGAGGCUUUAGGGGUUGAUUUCGGACUUACCUCGAGUCUCGAUGUGAGCAAUUCAUCGGUAAAUAUUCCCAUCAGCCUACAAGUGUAGAGGAUAGAGUUUGUGAAAGAAAAUGGAAAACAUGAAUGAUCCAGAACCCUGCCAAAUAAAGGAGGAAGAAACAGAAGAACAAAUAGACCUAAUAAAAGAGAACAGGGGGUUUGAAGAACUGAUUGAAGGAGAGGAGAAACCUCAAGUCAUCCACUCUGGGGCGAAUACAUACACAUGUGAUCAGUGUGGGAAGUGUUACGCACAACAAAGAAUCCUUGACGAACACAGGAAAAUACACUUUUUAGCAAAGCCGUACACAUGUGAUCAGUGUGGGAGGAGUUUCCGAUAUCAAGGAAAACUUAAUGAUCACAUGAGGAUCCACACUGGAGAGAAGCCGUACACAUGUGAUCAGUGUGGGAAGCGUUUCUCACAGAAACGAAACCUUAACGUACACAUGAAAAUCCACACUGGAGAAAAGACGUACACAUGUGAUCAGUGUGGGAAGAGUUACACACAUAAAGGAAACCUUAACAAUCACAUGACAAGCCACACUGGAUUGACGCCGUACACAUGUGAUCAAUGUGGGAAGAGUUUCAGACAUAAAGGAACCCUUUACAGACACAUGAAAAUCCACACUGGAUUGAAGCCGUACACAUGUGAUCAGUGUGGGAAAAGUUUUGCACACAAAGCAAAUCUUAAUGAACACAUGUCAAUCCACACUGGAGUGAAGCCACAUGCAUGUGAUCGUUGUGGGAUGAGUUACGCGCGAAAAGGAGCCCUUAAGGAUCACAUGAAGAUCCACACUGGAGAAAAUCUGCACACUUGUAACCAGUGUGGAAAGAGUUUCAUAAAGUCAGGUGUUUAUAAAGUACAUCUGCUUAGUCAUUCUAGAGAAAGAGUUUAUAACUGUGAGCAAUGUGGUAAAAAAUUUUUUAGGCCAGAUUUCCUAAGGGACCACCAGAAAGUUCAUACAAAGGAGAGGCCUUGCGUCUGUUAUUUGUGUGGAAAGGGUUUUCGUAAUAUGACUGCAUUAAAAAUACACCAGAAAAGACACAGCGGUGUAAAGGAUCAUGCUUGCUCAGAGUGUGGGAAGCGUUUUGUUACGGAUGGUGAACUGAAAGUGCACCAGACAGUUCACACUACAUUAACACUAUGACAAGAGUUUCAAACGGGCAGAAUAUCAGAGAAUACUUGAGAAGAUCCACAGUGGAGAGAAGCCGCAUCACUGCCAUCCAUGUGGAAAGAGUUUCACUCAUUUAUCUACUCUAAUCGGUCAUAAAAAAAAAAUGCAUUCAUGAAAUUAUAGUAAGUAUUUCGCAUUCUGAAUCUGUACUUCCACGUGUGAUGCUGUGUAGUGCUGCGUCAAUUGUCGUUUUGAUAAUCAUUAUUUACACACAACAACUCAGAUUUGUUCACACUUGACAGAGUCAAUCUGCAGUACAUACAGUAUAUUCCCCUAUACUCAUUUGCGAUUACAAUUUCAAAAUUUGUUUAAUGUACGCAAUAUAUGGAUUCUGUGUUCUUUUUAUUUUUUUUUGGAUGUAGUUUCUAAUGAAUAAUCUGUAAUGUUUAUCUUAUUGACUGAUGUGUGUAUGAUCUGAAAGCUUUGUUUGAUUUUGAAAAUGGUUUUGAAGCAAUUGUAAAAAAAAAAAAAAACAUAAAAAAAAAAAAAAAUUUAAGAGCAACCAUACAUCUCUUGUUUUUUUUUUUUUAAUACAAUUUAAUUUUUUAAUCAUUAGUCAUUUAUGUAAUUGUCAUUUGAUUUAGCAUUUAAUCAUUUUAUUAUUCAUUUGUCACUUUUAUAUUUUUUAUUAUUUUAUCAUCACUUUGUCUCCUGCUUCUGCUCUUCCCUGGCAUUCUCAAAUUCUCAGGCUGAUAGAAGACUGUUAUAGAGAUUUGGGUACCUGACAAGACUUUCUGUUUACAUAUUUUACUGGAUUGGACACCAGACAAAACAUGAUAUAUUCUGGCAGGGAUUCAGAUCUAAUAUAUCUUACAUCCACAUCCAUCCAAUCUAACACGAAACCAAAUCAAAAGGCUGUUUAUUUCAGAAGAGAUCAUAAAGAGGGCUAAAAUAUUAAUCUUCAAACAAUCAUGACUAGUAUACAUUUACAGUUAUUAUUCAAUAAUUUUUUUUACAAUACAAAUAUUUUUUUGUGCACAAAAUAAGAUGAGAGAGACAUUCACCAUUGAAUUAAUGAAAAAGUAACUGAUGCAUAGUUCUGCCUAACAUCUUUUGUAAGUCAUGUGGAUAUGGAACAACAUAAAGUUAAUAAGUGAUAAGAAAUUUUAUUUUGAGAUAAUUUUUUUUAAAAUUCACAACAUUUCUUUAAUAAUGUCUUAUAGUAUGAUAAUCAAAACAUUGCUGAGAAUGAUCAAGUGUCACGAAUGCGGUCUCUGUGGCUCCCUCCGAUCACCACCUGAGGGCACCCUCACCUGAGUACUAACUGUUUUCUGGACUACAUUUCCCACACCACGUACCUGGACUGAUUACACACACACACCUGAUCCAUAUUCCCUGGAAUAUAAAAGACUCUCAUGUCCCAUCAUGCUUUGUGAAGUCUUGUUUUGCCUAGCUGACAUUUCUGAGCGUUAUACCCUGUGUAUUGAUUUUCUGUGUAUGACCUUGGACUGCCUUGUACCUAUGUUUUCUGUCUGCUGCCUGCCUUGUGAUAUCUCUGCCUUGUUACUGACUAUUCCUGCCUCGUCUGCCGCCUGCCCUGACUUUCUGCCUGGUAUUGUUACUCAUUCUGCCUUGUCUACUACACUGCUGUUGCUGGUAUCUGACCCUUGCCUGUACGACUACGAUUGUUUAAUAAAGCUACAAAUGGAUCUCCCCGAGUCUGCCGCCUCAUUACAUCAAGCUUUAACCUUUUCAAACCAAACUAUCACUUAACUGUAAUUUGUUUUUGGAGUUUUUUUCUGUUUGUUCAAAAGUUGUCAACAUCUGGUGGACAGACAAAAUCAUAUCUGAGCUUACUUUUUUUUUUAUUUUAUUUUUUUAAAUCAGGAUUAGAAGU